UGAAAAAUUGACAAAUGACAACCAAACCAACCAAAAUUCAUCAUCAUUUGCAAUAUCAAAAUUCGAUUUAAUAUAUUAACCACAUUUUAUGGGCUCACUACUUACUAAAGCAAGAACCGCGACAAUGGCCAGUUCAACGGAAAUCAAGCAAUACAUCAAGGAUGCUGUUUCCAAAGACAAAGUAGUGGUAUUUUCAAAAUCCUAUUGUCCGUAUUGUACGCUGGCGAAAGAUGUGUUUGCAAAAGUGAAGCAACCCAUAACUGUUAUAGAAUUAAACGAACGCGAUGACGGCAGUGCUAUCCAGGAAAACUUGGCAGAAUUAACAGGGUUUAGAACGGUGCCUCAAGUAUUUAUCAAUGGAAACUGUGUGGGUGGUGGCUCCGAUGUGAAGGCUUUACUUGACUCGGGAAAACUCGAACCAAUGUUGAUUGGUUAAAUUACUCAAACAAAGUACAAAAAUGCAAAGGUUAUAAGAAUAUGUUGGUUUA